ACCCUGAGCCGAUGGUCCGAAUCCUGCCCACAGGAGUUCGCGGCUCUGACGAAGGAGUUGAACUUAUGUCGGGAGCAGCUGCUGGAGAGGGAAGAAGAGAUUGCGGAGCUGAAGGCGGAGCGGAACAACACACGGCUCCUCCUGGAACAUCUAGAGUGCCUCGUGUCCAGGCACGAGAGGUCACUGCGCAUGACCGUGGUGAAGCGCCAGGCCCAGUCUCCUGGCGGGGUCUCUUCCGAGGUGGAGGUGCUCAAAGCGCUCAAGUCCCUCUUCGAGCACCACAAGGCCCUGGAUGAGAAGGUCCGGGAGCGGCUGCGUAUGGCGCUGGAGCGAGUGGCAGUGCUGGAGGAGGAGCUGGAGCUGAGCAAUCAGGAGACUCUGAGCCUUCGAGAGCAGCUGUCUAGGAGGAGAUCUGGGCUGGAAGAGCCGGGAAAGGAUGGAGACGGGCAGACCCUUGCCAAUGGCCUGGGUCCGGCUGGGGAUUCCAGCCGGCGCACCGCAGAGCUGGAGGAGGCCCUGGAGCGGCAGCGUGCAGAGGUGUGCCAGCUUCGGGAGCGCCUGGCUGUGCUGUGCCGGCAGAUGAGCCAGCUGGAGGAGGAGCUGGGCACCGCUCAUCGUGAGCUGGGAAAGGCCGAGGAGGCCAACUCCAAGCUGCAGCGCGACCUCAAAGAGGCACUGGCUCAGCGGGAGGACAUGGAGGAGAGGAUCACCACGCUGGAAAAGCGCUACCUGAGUGCCCAACGUGAGGCCACGUCUCUGCAUGAUGCCAACGACAAGCUGGAGAAUGAGCUGGCCAGCAAGGAGUCGCUGUACAGGCAGAGUGAAGAGAAGAGCCGGCAGCUGGCUGAGUGGUUGGACGAUGCCAAGCAGAAGCUGCAGCAGACACUGCAGAAGGCUGAGACCCUGCCCGAAAUAGAGGCGCAGUUGGCCCAGCGGGUGGCAGCGCUCAACAAGGCUGAGGAACGUCAUGGGAAUUUUGAGGAGCGGCUUCGGCAGCUGGAAGCCCAGUUGGAGGAGAAGAACCAGGAGCUGCAGCGGGCGCGGCAGCGGGAAAAGAUGAACGACGACCACAAUAAGCGGCUGUCAGAGACGGUGGACAAGCUGCUGAGCGAGUCCAAUGAGCGGCUGCAAUUGCACCUCAAGGAGCGCAUGGGGGCGCUGGAGGAGAAGAACUCACUGAGUGAGGAGAUCGCUAACAUGAAGAAGCUGCAGGAUGAAUUGCUGCUGAACAAGGAGCAGCUCUUGGCUGAGAUGGAGCGGAUGCAAAUGGAGAUCGACCAGCUUCGGGGGAGGCCACCUUCCUCCUACUCCAGGUCUCUCCCUGGCAGUGCCCUGGAGCUCCGUUACUCUCAGGCACCCACUUUACCUUCUGGUGCCCCCCUGGACCCGUAUGGGGCUGGCAGCGGCCGGGCAGGCAAGAGGGGCCGCUGGUCGGGGGUCAAAGACGAGCCCUCCAAGGACUGGGAACGCUCCACUCCUGCUGGGUCCAUGCCACCCCCAUUCCCUGGGGAGCUGGAUGGCUCAGAUGAGGAGGAGGCAGAAGGGAUGUUUGGCGCCGAGCUGCUGUCGCCCAGCGGGCAGGCUGAUGUGCAGACGCUGGCCAUCAUGCUCCAGGAGCAGCUGGAGGCCAUCAACAAAGAGAUCAAGUUAAUCCAAGAGGAGAAGGAGACGACAGAACAGAGGGCCGAGGAGCUGGAAAGCCGAGUGUCCAGCUCUGGCCUGGACUCCCUGGGCCGCUACCGCAGCAGCUGCUCCCUGCCCCCUUCCCUCACCACUUCAACCCUCGCCAGCCCCUCUCCCCCCAGCUCUGGCCAUUCCACACCUCGCCUGGCACCGCCCAGCCCUGCCCGAGAGGGCACUGACAAGGCUAAUCACAUCCCCAAGGAGGAAGCUGGUGUCCCACGAGGGGAGGGCCCAGCUAUUCCAGGAGACACUCCACCGCCCACUCCUCGCUCUGCCCGUCUUGAGAGAAUGACUCAGGCCUUAGCACUACAGGCAGGGUCCUUGGAGGAUGGGGGACCACCGAGGGGAAGUGAGGGUGCCCCAGAUUCCUUGCACAAAGCCCCCAAAAAGAAGAGCAUCAAGUCCUCCAUAGGCCGCCUCUUUGGCAAGAAGGAGAAGGGGCGGAUGGGACCCCCAGGCCGGGACAGCUCUUCCCUGGCUGGAACACCCUCGGAGGAGACACUAGCCACCGAUCCCCUGGGGUUAGCCAAGCUGACAGGCCCCGGAGACAAGGACCGGAGGAACAAGUGGAAGCACGAGCUCCUGGAAGAGGCCUGUCGCCAGGGCUUGCCUUUCGCUGCUUGGGACGGGCCCACCGUGGUCUCCUGGCUGGAGCUAUGGGUGGGCAUGCCCGCAUGGUACGUGGCCGCCUGCCGGGCCAACGUCAAGAGCGGUGCCAUCAUGGCCAACUUGUCGGAUACGGAGAUCCAGCGCGAGAUCGGCAUCAGCAACCCGCUGCACCGGCUCAAGCUGCGCCUCGCCAUCCAGGAGAUGGUCUCCCUCACCUCCCCUUCCGCGCCUGCCUCCUCCCGCACGCCCACAGGAAACGUGUGGAUGACCCACGAGGAGAUGGAGUCCCUGACGGCCGCAACGAAGCCCGAGACCAAGGAGAUCAGCUGGGAGCAGAUCCUGGCAUAUGGCGACAUGAACCACGAGUGGGUGGGGAACGACUGGCUACCCAGCCUGGGGCUGCCCCAGUACCGCAGUUACUUCAUGGAGUCGCUGGUGGAUGCCCGAAUGUUAGAUCACCUUAACAAGAAGGAGCUCCGGGGCCAGCUCAAGAUGGUGGACAGUUUCCACAGGGUGAGUCUACAUUAUGGGAUUAUGUGCCUAAAACGGCUCAACUAUGACCGGAAGGACCUGGAGCGGAGGCGGGAAGAAAGCCAGACCCAGAUCCGAGACGUGAUGGUGUGGUCCAAUGAGCGAGUCAUGGGUUGGGUGUCCGGGCUGGGCCUGAAGGAAUUCGCCACAAACCUCACGGAAAGCGGGGUGCACGGGGCGCUGCUCGCCCUGGACGAGACCUUCGACUAUUCCGACCUGGCCUUGCUUCUGCAGAUCCCCACGCAGAACGCGCAGGCCCGGCAACUCCUAGAGAAGGAAUUCAGCAACCUCAUCUCCUUAGGCACAGACAGGCGGCUGGACGAGGACAGCGCCAAGUCCUUCAGCCGCUCCCCAUCCUGGCGGAAGAUGUUUCGAGAGAAGGACCUCCGAGGCGUGACCCCCGACUCUGCUGAGAUGUUGCCUCCCAACUUUCGUUCGGCUGCAGCGGGAGCCCUGGGCUCACCAGGGCUCCCUCUCCGAAAGUUGCAGCCCGAAGGCCAGACUUCUGGGAGCUCCCGGGCAGACGGCGUUUCGGUCCGGACCUACUCCUGCUAGUGUUGGCCUCCAGGUGACCUCACUCGGAUGGAGGACUCUCCCAGCAGCUGGGCUGUCCCGCCUGCUGCCCAGAGUCUGGGCUUGCCCUGUAG